AUGUCCCUUAAACGGCUCGCCGUCAUAUCGGCCGUCGGUUCGCACAACAGCUUCAACAAUCAGACCAUCUCGUACAUCAGCUCGUACAGUGGCGCGAGCGGUACCAGUGUGGAGCAGAACAUUAUCGUCGGACACGCCGGUUCCGGGACCGUACGUACCACCGGUGGGCACCACCAGGGAUUGCAGACAAUGCGACCGGGGGCGAAUCUGCACGGCAAUGUGAACAUUAUGCUCGGCGGGGCCAUGCUGUCCGUGGUCAUCACGGUAGUGUGCUUCGUCUGCUACUGCUGCCAUCGAAAUAUUAAAAAGCGCUCCAACUCCAUCUACCGCCAGCAGUGGCUCGAAACGGAGGCAAACAUGGAAAUCUACAGCGUGGAACAGUGCUACGAUCCACCACCCUCCGGGACGGGUGGAUUCUUUAUGGAUGGUAGUAGCACUACCGGCGACUAUCAGUCGCUACCGAUGGUGACCAGCGCUAUAAAUCAUACGAACCACCAUCCACAGUAUCCCUACCAUCAUCAACAUUAUCAUCAACAGCAGCAGCAGCAGCAACAUCAUUACCAGUACACACCGUACCCGAAUGGGCCACCACCGUCUUACGAUACCGUCGUCGCACAGGACGAACUGCUGGCAAGCGUUUCACGCCGCAAGCGCACCCACACGCCCGGGUCCGACACACGACGGUCAACUGCAGGCCCGUCGUCUCACAGCUGCUCGGACCUCGAAUCGCCUGACUGCGAUAAACAAUCGGGCUGCCCGGAAUCCAUCACUCCGCUCCUGCCCAAGACGUCGACCAGAUCCCAAAGGAGAUGUGGCGUAUCGGCGUCAAAUGAACGCACUUACAGUGAUGAUCCUGCCGAUGAACCGCUCUGCAGAAGCGUCCAACAGCCCGGCUGGUACGAUACCCAUCGGGAAGGUGCGGUGGAAACGUACGACGGCGAGACAAGCUGCAGCUGUCCCACAAUGGCCAACGGUAGCUCCAUUAGCCGUACCGGUGACGGUGGUACCAUUGGACAAGCAGUACCGCCAAUUUACUGUCGUAAUUGUGGUUACUUUGUGGAGGGUUCCAGGGAUUCACCAACCUCACCGGUUCGGACCCCCGGCCGACUGUCCAACACCUACCCGUCCACACACCGUCCACCGACGGGGCCGAUCGAACUGACGCGUAACGAGACACUCCUAGUCGAUUAUGAGACUAUAAGCGCCGAGACAACGCCGGACCGCUGCAGCGAUGGGCACGACGACGUCAAUCGCAACAAUACCAUCGACGACACCGCCACUAGCGUUGACAUUGACAUGCUGACAAUGCAGAUGAUGGCAUCCGCUUUACCGACCGGCGGCCCCACCGGACAGCUGGAUACCAUGAAUAACAACAUCCACAACACGGCUAAUGAAACCAAAAACUUGCGUUACUCGAUCGGUGUUGUUGCACCCGAUUCGUCAAGCAGCUCCACAUCAUUAAAUGGAGAAGACGGAUCGGUACGCACGGUUACUGCCAGCCCGAAUGCAAACAGUGAAAAUAAUAACAUCAUUACCGAUUCAUCGGCGGCGAUAAGCGCAACGGAUCUCCGGGCGACACCCGCGACCACCGGUGACAUCAUUCAUCAGUGUCCAAACACGUCAUCCAAUCAGUGUUGCAAUCACAGCGACAGUAACGUGCAGCCGGCCGGCGGUGAGGACCCGGCCCCAUCGGUGGAAGAUCACACGAACGGUAACGACAGUUUGGCGGUGGCAACUACACGAAACGGUUGCGCCGAAACAGAACCAUCCGGUAUCAGAAGUUUGCUGAACGAGAACGGUCUGGUGCGAUUAGAUAUGAGUCAAAUCAUCGAUAAUACUGGUCUACCGACGUACGAAGCGGCCUUAAAGCUGGAGUCGAGCGGGUACGUGUGA